UUUUUCCUAAGGAAAUGCAAGGGAAACCGAGGGGAAUUUUUGCUCUUGGUUUCCAAGGCAAAGGUCACACUGUUAAUGUCUGGCAGUUUCCAGAAUGCUCUGGUUUCUGGUCAGUCCAGUCCUUUUUGUCCGAGUUCUUUUUUUUAUUUUUUGAACUGUGAACAAAAGGAGUCGACGCUGCCUUGAGAAUUACCCCUGGGCUGCUUUGAUCCACAGAUGGCUGCUUUACGCUCCCUGGGUCUCAGCCCUGGGAGAUCUGGAUGGGUGUCCAUGGAGAGUUCCAAUCAGUCUGAAAGCUUUGUUGUUAAAAUUUUGAGUGGGGAAGGGUUGGGCCGGUUCUCACCUGCCCAUUGAGAGCCAGAGAGAACUCCUCCCAGGAGCGGUGGAAGAGGGAUUCCUGCCGGUCUGUAACCCUGACUUCCUCAGUGCAGCUUGAGUGAGAGCUUUUUCAUGGUGAAAGGAGCUGCCCUCUUCCUACAGCAGGGAAACAGCCCACAGGGCCAGCGGAGUCUUCAGCACCCUCACAAGCAUGCAGGUGAUCUGCCUCAGCACCUGCAAGUGAUGAUCAACCUCCUGCGUUGUGAAGACAGAAUCAAGCUGGCCGUGCGCCUAGAGAGUGUCUGGACCGACCGUGUCCGCUACAUGGUCGUGGUAUACACCAGCGGGCGCCAGGACACCGAGGAGAAUAUUCUGCUGGGAGUUGACUUUUCCAGUAAGGAGAGCAAAAGCUGCACGAUCGGAAUGGUUCUUCGACUCUGGAGCGACACCAAGAUUCACCUCGAUGGGGACGGCGGGUUCAGUGUGAGCACAGCGGGCAGGAUGCACAUAUUCAAGCCAGUGUCUGUCCAGGCCAUGUGGUCUGCCCUGCAAGUGCUUCACAAGGCCUGCGAAGUGGCCCGGAGGCAUAACUACUUCCCAGGAGGAGUGGCGCUCAUCUGGGCCACCUACUAUGAGAGCUGCAUCAGCUCGGAGCAGAGCUGCAUCAAUGAGUGGAAUGCCAUGCAGGACCUGGAGUCCACGCGGCCCGACUCCCCCGCGCUGUUUGUGGACAAGCCAACCGAGGGCGAAAGAACUGAGCGCCUCAUUAAAGCCAAACUCCGGAGCAUCAUGAUGAGCCAGGACCUUGAAAAUGUGACUUCUAAGGAAAUCCGAAAUGAGCUGGAGAAGCAAAUGAACUGCAACCUGAAGGAGUUCAAGGAAUUCAUCGAUAACGAGAUGCUGCUCAUCCUGGGCCAGAUGGACAAGCCCUCCCUCAUCUUUGACCAUCUUUAUCUUGGCUCCGAGUGGAAUGCAUCCAAUCUGGAGGAGCUGCAGGGCUCAGGAGUUGACUACAUUUUAAAUGUCACUAGAGAAAUAGACAAUUUUUUCCCCGGCUUGUUUGCGUACCAUAACAUCCGCGUGUACGAUGAGGAGACCACAGACCUUCUUGCCCACUGGAAUGAAGCUUAUCAUUUCAUAAACAAAGCGAAAAGGAAUCAUUCCAAGUGCCUGGUCCAUUGCAAGAUGGGCGUCAGCCGAUCUGCGUCCACAGUCAUUGCCUACGCCAUGAAGGAGUUCGGCUGGCCCCUGGAGAAAGCGUAUAACUACGUGAAGCAGAAACGUAGUAUCACUCGGCCCAACGCAGGCUUUAUGAGGCAGCUGUCUGAGUACGAAGGCAUCCUGGAUGCAAGCAAACAGCGGCAUAACAAACUAUGGCGCCAGCAGCCCACAGAUGACACCAUCGCAGAGCCCAGUGAGUUCUUGCCAGAGACCUUGGACGGAGCCCUGGACGCUCAGCUGCCCUGUUUGGAUGAUACCACCCACCCUGGGCUCCCGAGAAGUCUGGCCCCAGGAGGACCCGCUCUCCCCUGUUGUUUUCGAAGACUCUCGGACCCCCUCCUCCUUCCCCACCAUGAUGAAACGGGUGGCCUGGUCCACUUAGAGGAUCUCGAGAAGGAUGCUCUGUUAGAGGAGGAGGAGUCUCAGCCAGUGGAGGUGCACAAGCUGGUUCAGCAUCCCCAGGAAGGUGCCAGGCUGUGUGAAAAGGACGUAAAGAGGAAACUGGAGUUUGGGAACUCCAAACCCCGCAGUGACUCCUUGCCUCAGGUGGAGGAGCUGGAGAAGGACGGUAGCCCAAGAACGGGGAGGUGGAGGCGGGCCUCCACCCAGCUCGAUAGAAGCUUGCUCGACCAGGAAAACCUAAAUAACAACAACAGCAAGAGGAGCUGUCCCGAUGACUUGGAGCGCGAUGCCAUGUUUGGAAUUCUCAGCAAAGUGAAGCCUCCCUACACAUCCUGUGCCGACUGCAUGUACCCCACAGCUGGUGGGACUCCCGAGGCCUACAUGGAGCGACACGAAGACCCCAGCUCCUCUGCUAUCUGCACCCAGCCAACCUUCCUCCCCCAUGUCACGUCUUCCCCAAUGGCCCACGCGAGCAGCAGGUCCCGAGCUCCGGAGAGGCCGGCCUCGGGUCCAGCCAACACCUCUCCAUUCCUACUACCAGCAGGCUCCAGGAAGCCAGAUGUCAGUGGCUCUGGAGCCGGGGCUGCCCCGGAACCACCAGCAAGCCUUCUAGAGCCUUCCAGAGAGACCUCAAAAGCCCUUCCAAAAUCUCUCCAGUUGAAGAAUCCUCACUGUGACAAGAACGCUGCCAAUAUGGAGGUGUCGGCGAAGGAAGAACCGUCGCCUAAGAAAGAUCCCAAGCCGGCUAAGGACCUGAGGCUUCUGUUCAGUAACGAGGCGGAGAAGCCCACCACCAACAGCUACCUGAUGCAGCAUCAGGAGUCCAUCAUCCAACUGCAGAAGGCAGGCCUGGUCCGAAAGCACACCAAAGAGCUGGAGAGGUUGAAGAGCCUGCCUUCAGACUCACCAGCUGCCUGCAGGGACAGCGCCACCUGCAGGCUGGAGGCCAGCAUCCCGGAGGAGGGUAGCCAGGAGCCCGCACACCCAGCCCUGUGCAGCCAAGCUGGGUCGGAAGAACAGCCUGUAGGGGGAACCUUGCAGAAGAGCCCCACGUCUACCCUCCCCCGUUUAGAUCACACCAGUAACUUCUCGAAGGACUUCCUGAAGACCGUGUGUUACACCCCCACCUCCUCCUCCAUCAGCUCCAACCUGACCCGGAGCUCCAGCAGCGACAGCAUCCACAGCGUCCGAGGGAAGCCUGGGCUGGUGAAGCAGCGGGCGCAGGAGAUCGAGACGCGGCUGCGCCUGGCAGGCCUCACCGUGUCGUCCCCGCUGAAAAGGUCCCAUUCCCUUGCCAAGCUGGGAAGUCUCAACUUCUCCACGGAGGACCUGUCCAGCGAGGCUGACACAUCCACCAUCGCUGACUCGCAGGACGCCAAGUGUGGUCUCUCCUCUUCCUUCUUGCCCGAACCCCAGUCUGCGCCAAGGGACCCCGCUGCAACCUCUAAAUCAUCAGGGAAAUCUGCCCCAGAACACUUGAAAAGCCCGUCGAGGGUAAACAAAAGCUGACUAGCUUUCAGCUCUGUAAGGUUUUCAUCAUGUCCUGAUCUACUCUCAUGUCUUGAUUUGUGUUAAUGACUUCAGUCUUCUGGGCUUUCCCCACUUAGAUCCCGUGAGGGGGGACACCCGGGUGUAGGACCUGGGCAACCUGGAAACUGUCAGCCAAGAGUCACAUUCAGAUAUGUACACGCAAGCCAGGGCUACGGCUUGGUUGUUAAGAGUGUGUGCCUGACAUGCACCAGGCUCUCAGUUUUGAUGCCCAGAAACCGUAAAACCAGGCACGGUUGCGCACGCGUACGGAAAUUCCAACACUGGAGGUGCAAGCAGAAGGAUUAGAAGUCAUCUUCAGCUACAUGGUGAGUUUUAGGCCAGCCUGGUGGAGAGAAAAAGAAAAUGUGUGCGGACAUACAAAAUACAGUUUGCAACAUGUCAAGGAACCACAUUGGCGAGGUCACUGCAGCCCACGAUCCCGGCUCAUUCCCGUCCUCGAGGGAGAAUCCUCAGAGGGCAACACAAGGCCUACCUCUCUGCUCACUGUGCAUUUUUGUUUAUAAAACGGUAAUGACCAAGGCUCGUUCUGAGAACAAUGCUAUGUCCAGAAGGGAUUUUCCAAGAGAAUUGUGGGGGGUUUUGGGUUUGGAGUUUUUUUUGUUGUUUUUUUUUUUUGUUUUGUUUUGUUUUUUUGAGGGUGGGGACCCGCAGAAAUGUCAAGACUUUGAACCUGAUUGUCCCAAGAACAGCUAGGUGAUAUCAUCAGAGGAAAGCACUUAGGGAGAGUGGCCCCGUCUAAUCCUCCAUCCUGGUGGGGUUGGGUCCUCAGCUGUUGGCUUCCCUUCAAGCUUAUGUCACCCAGUCACUGAGAAGGCACUGCGAGCCUCAUCUGCUGCUAACGGAGGUUGUGGGCCUGGGGUGUGGAUCAUCCUGCUGUGACCACACGGUAACCCUCCAGGAUGGCUCAGUAGGAACCAUCUCCACACUUGCUGAGAGGAAAGGCAGCGUCAGCAACGGAUACUUUCUUACAAGUCCCUCCCCAGAGCCAGUCUGAGAGGAGAGAGUCUAUUGAAAAGCUGCUCUGAUGUUUACCAGAGUCCCUUCCCGUGGAGAGAAUAGAAUAUUGCUUCCUUGUCUCCUCCGGCUCCCCCUUGCUGUAAUGAUGGGACAAAGGAGGCUUGGCCACAGCACAGGUGUGAGCACAGAUUAGCUCAAUGAAGCAGGAGGCCUGGGCUCUGGGUUCAUAUCAUGGGCCUCGACUGGUGCCCAUCAUGAAAAGGGUGCUUAAGGAUUUUUUAAAUUUUUUUUUUCCUUAAGGAUUUUGAAGAGAGACAAGCAGAGAGGCAGACCAGCAGAAAGCCUUGACUUGGUAUUUAGCCAACGAUGGUGCACAGCCCUGUGAGGUCACAUAUCCAUUUGGGCUCUGUUAAUGUGUUUAGGUUUUGGUUUUUUGAGACAGGGUCUCACCAUGUACCUCCGCUGUCUUGGAACUUUCUCUGCAGACCAGGUAGGCCUCGGACUCAGCAGCGAUGCAUCUGCCUCUGUCUCUCAAGGGUUUGGUUUGGGUAUUUUGGUUUUUGAAGUAGACUCUCACCCUGUAGUUCAAGCUGGCUUCAAACUCACAGCAGUCCUCCUGCCUCAGCCUUCCAAAUGCUGAGAUUACAGGUAUAAUCCCAUCAUGCCUCAGACUUGGUUGUUUACAUUUUGAAGGGUAAAUGGCGCAGGCUUGUGAUCUACACUCAGGAGGGUGAGGCAGGUCCACCAUGAGUUAAAGGCCAGUCUGGGCCACAAAGUGAGAUUCUACCUCAGAAGUAGUAACCUUGCCAGAGAUGGUGUUACCUGCUUCAGAUGUCUGCUGCGAGCCCUCUCAGAAAGCUUGCUGAUGCCCCAAGGCUGCUUGUAACACUGCAGGAAGACGGGGUUUCUAUUUGAAGGCUGCCUUUGCUCCUUGGAUAUCACAGACCAACUCCUUCCCUCCCACACUCCAAACUUGCCAGCCUACCCCUUUACCUCUUGAGCAGAUGGAGUCCUUGUGGAGAUGACCACAGCUCCUUCCUGCAGUUGGCUGGCUCAGCCAGACAGCUCAGUGAGACCACAAAGUCUUCAAGGAUAUGUUCCGGAAGUAUGCGUAUGGGGGUCCUCCCACACUGGUUAGAACCAACGGAGUCCGGAUGGUUUGGAGGUUGCAGCCAGGUCCCUUGGCACAGCCUGGGAUUCGGGCAAGAAGGAAGAAGAGAGACCGCCAUCCUGGUGAACGCUCUGGGUGUCUCCAGGAUCUGGGCCAGUUCUCUCUUCAUUCGUCUGGGGUCUUUGUGACCUCUGUCUCAGAACAUUUCUCCCUGGCAUGAUUUUUUUUUUUUAAAUACAUGUAUGUUAUUUUAUAGGGAUUUAUUUUCCCACUACUGUCAAUACCAGUCACCUUAAAAAGCGAUCAUCCACUUAUUCCUGAAACCCUGUGGGUUUCUUCCACUCUUCCCUCAGCCAACAAAAGCAAAAAAAAAAAAAAAAAAAAAAAAAAAAGGCCAAGUUUAAUGACAUCGCCAAGUUCAAUUUCACAUGGUGGGUCAAUUUCUGUGUCAAAAUAAUUCCUUAGAUUUGGUAAUGAUAGGCUUCCACUGUGUUUCUUAAUCCCAUCUGCAAGAGCGAUAGGAUUUUUGAAAACUUUCAUUUUGAAAGAGUCAGGACAGGAGGAUGAACUCAGGCAGGCCUCUCGCUCCCAGCAGACUACCUUACACCUGUUUGAGAAGCACUGGCCAAUCAGCCAACGGUGCGAACAGCAGGGGGGCGGAUCCCCAUCUUCAGACCGGAAUCCCUGGCGGGAUCCUGUUCAUUCCUUGGCUCUCUCUGUAAACACAGUGAAUUGGCAUUUAAUGGAAAGGCUACUUUGGAACUCUCCCUGCUAAGCUAAGACGGUGGCAACUCCCAUAUUGUCUCAGGAAAAGUUUUGUUCCAGCUAGGCUUGGUGGCACACUCUCGUGAUGCCACGCAGUGGAUCACUGAGUCCAGAGCUUUGUAGACGCUGACCACCACCCCUCCCCCGCCCCGCCAAAAAUAAAAAAGUUAGCUUUGGGAGCUGCUCCACACCUGGCUAUUUUAGCUUUGUGUGUAAUCAUAGCAAGCAGAGGUAGAGGGAUUUAUGCAGCGUUGAUGACUGCCAUUUUCACUGAAUGCCCUUGUUGAACUAAGAGCUUUCUGCUCAGCUGGAUGGCCCGGGAACUUUACAUAGCCCCCCCCCCCCCCAAAGUCUGAACCAUGUGGGGGCCUUGCUCUACACCAACACAGAAGGCUUCCUGAAGUGUAAGGGAGAAGAUACUGGGCAGAGGUGGGAGCCUGAUCGAAUGAACAAAGAGCCAGGUGUCUUUCUCAGAUCCUCACCCCCAUGUUUUCAGUGCAGAAGCCCUACCAACCACACACAGCUCAUCCAUGCGGCUCAGCCAUGCUGGUCUCUCCGAGGUACCCAGAUAGCUGCACCCCUCUGCUCCCCUUGCUCAGCAGCUUGCUCUAGCUGAAGAUCAGGCCCAGCAUCCUCUGCCCUUGAAGAGCCCAGAGGGUUCUACAGGAUGGAAUUAAGUUCUGAAAGAUUAGGUGUUGACAGCCAGCCUGUAUUUUUGUGCACCCAUCUCAGGGACCACCCCGGAAAGCUUGUGAAUCUCCCACUCUUCAGGAGCCAUUUCUCCUUAGCAAGAACAAGAUCACAAGAGACAUCACACAUCACCCCUUUAGGGAGUUACUUUCUACCUGCUGGCAAGGUUGGUAUGAGAGUUGAUUUCUAACCCCAAUGGGCUGGCUGAUACUUAGCAGGGCUCUUGAGGCACGUUCAACCCCUUCAGGGUAACCAGAGUACCUAGGACCACUUGCCUGACCCUAGCUGUGCAGUCCAGAAGAGCCAGGGAGGCUCCCAGUCCUCCCCGUGUUGGCUGCAAUGUCACUGCUGGUGAGGGAGACUCUUGGUCCCACCUUCCCAUCCUAACGGCUGGGUUCCUGCUGAUCAUAAGACCAGAUGAAGGUCAUUGGUGUUCCCCUAUCCAAAGCCCUUUGUUUUUCUUACUGUGGAGGUGUGAGAGUCCAGUGUGUAUGGAGAUAUAUGUACAUAAGUGUAUGAACAUAGACCUUGUGUGUGCAUUAUAGAUCUAUAUACAUGUAAGUGUAUCCUACUCCAUCAGACCUGGUGUGUGCUGUUCCUUAGCACACACUGUGGUCUCCAGCUUUGCAAGGAAAUCACCCUGGACCCAUCUGCAGGAGCCACCAGGGGCCAUCUGGAGAAGGGCGAUCCUUUGGCAGUAGACACCACAGCUCCUCUUUCAGUCCCUAUCUUAGACACAGCCUCUGUUGCCCUGGCCGUUGGCCUUGCUGCAUGAGAAGACAGCUGCUUCCUCCUCUACCCUGUAAUUAUUCUUUUUACAAUUGAGUGCCUUAAUAAUGGUUUACAAAUACUGUGUAUUUAUGCGCAACCGUUCAGCUCUCGUCUUUCGAGGCUGGGUACUUUUGUCUGGUCCUGGUGGUUAAGAUUAGCACGUGAGUUCCUCCCUACCCCCAUCCACUUGUGUUAAUCUGCUCUGCAGUUGACACUGUGGGUCCUGACUACUCCACAGAGCCUGCUAGAAACUCGGCUGCUUGGUCCCCGCAGGCCAUGCCUGCAUGCAUCAGCACACACCGCAGCCCGAGGUAGCCGGUGAGGGACAUGAUUUGGUUUGCCAGGUAGCACAGGGGUGGUGCAGGACCAGUACUCCCUGAACCACAGUCCAAGACCUCCCCUUAGCCCCUCAAGGUCACCCUCUAGUUUAUAGAGGCUUGCCACCCCCUAACACCCUUCACACUCCCUCCUCCUCUUCUGCCUGUGUCCUGAGCUCCUUGCUGCAAAUCAUGGGGUACAGCUCACCCCAGAGGAGCCUCACCAGACUGCAUCCUUCACCUUUCAAAGGCCACUGGCACCGGGUUCCCUCGUUGAGUCACAACUUUGAUUUUUUUUUAAUUGUUUUUCUCCUUGUUUUCUUUUUUAAUAUAUAUAUAUUAUAUAUUUAAAAGGCAGUAUCUUUUUGUACUGUGAAUUUUCAGUAGAAGAGGCAUAGUGCACUUUUUUUUUUACUUCUGUUGGUGUGUACUGUAUAUAUAUAUAGUCUGCGCGCUUCUCGUGAUGAGAAUAAACACUUCGUUUAUAAA